AUGAGUGAAGUCAUUUUACAAAAUGAUUAUGAUGUUUCACAAGUUUCUCCAGAUGUAUGUGUAUUAUCACCUGGUUCAGCACUUUCUUCUGCAUCGAGUGAUUCAUUUCCAGCACCAUUACAAAGUAUUGAUAAUAUUCGAAAAGCAAUGCGAGAUAAAUUUCAUGCGAAUUUAAAAUCAUUAAAAAAAUUGAAUCAUUUUGAUAUUGAAGAUAAUGAUAAUGAUGACGAAGGAAGUGAUAUUAAUGUAGAUGAUGUUAACGAUGGUGAUAAUGAAGAAUUGUCUAUACAAGUUAGAGAUAAUGAUGAUACGGAUAUAAUUGAAUUAAUUAAACAUAGUUUUCAUAGUAUUGCUGCAAAUAGUGAAGCAUUACAUAUACCAUGUUUUGCUCAUACUAUACAGUUGAUCGCAAAUGACGGUUUAAAGCAAAUUUCAUCAAUACAAACAGCUUUAUCAAAAGUUUCAAAGAUUGCUAAACUAUCUCAUACGAGUAUUAUUUUUUCAGAGAAGCUGGAAAACAUAGGAAAAUCAAUACAUAAAGCCAACGGUUCAUUCUCAAAAGAUAUACAAUCUUUUUUAUAA